AUGGCUUCCUCUGUCUUCUUGCCGCUAAUUGCGGCCGCCGCAUUACUGCCCACGCUCGCUUCUACACAAGAUGCCCACACACCGACAUCCGCUCCUACCGUGCAAGUCCGCAAUGGCACGUACGAGGGUGUCUACAAUCCCACGUACGAUCAGGACUUGUUCCUCGGCAUACCAUAUGCGCAGCCUCCGGUCGGUGAGCUUCGCUUCCGUCCACCACAACCGCUCAACACCAGCUGGUCCGGUACUCGAAACGCAACAGAAUACUACAAUGAAUGUAUUGGGUACGGCAGUGAUGACUGGUACUGGACGGACGUGGUGUCGGAAGACUGUCUCGCUCUCAGUGUGAUCCGACCUCAUGGCAUCGACUCAGGCGCGAAUCUGCCCGUCGUCUUCUGGAUGCAUGGUGGAGAGUUUGCAGAAGGAGGCACUCGCGACUCCCGUUAUAACCUCUCUUACAUCGUUCAACAGUCUCAAGAGAUGCAAGCUCCCAUCAUUGGGGUCACUGUCAACUACCGUCUUUCGGGAUGGGGCUUCCUCUACAGCCAGGAAGUCGCUGAUGAAGGCUCCGCCAACUUAGGACUCCGUGACCAACGGCACGCACUGUACUGGCUCCAGGAGAAUAUCGCUUCUUUUGGCGGAGAUCCGUCGCGGCUCACUAUCUGGGGCCAAAGUGCUGGCGCCAAUAGCGUCGGUCUUCAUUUAGUGGCAUACGACGGCCAGAAUGAUGGCAUCUUCCGUGCUGGAAUUGCUGAGAGCGGCUCCGUGCCCUCCCUCGCAGCAUACAUGAAUGCUUCAGAAGCACAACCCUACUAUGAUGCCGUCGUCAACGCAACUAACUGCACCGGCGCUUUAAACACACUUACCUGUCUCCGUGAAGUUCCCACCAACGUCCUGAGCUCCAUCUUCAACAGCUCCCUCGUCACUGGGGCUGGAUAUCAUCCCGUCAUUGACGGCGAUUUCCUUAGAGCCUCUGGAAUCGUUAACCUCCAGACUGGCCAAUUUGCUAAAACCCCGCUUCUUAUUGGCACCAACUUCGACGAAGGGACCAAGUACGCCCCUCACGGAUACAACACCACCGACCAAUUCAUCUCCCUCGUCCAAGCCAACGGAACCAAUUAUACCAGCGCUCUCACCAUUGCAUCCUUGUACCCAGAUGACCCAGCCGUUGGUAUCCCGGGGACCCUUCAUGGCCGUCCCCCACCGUCAUACGGUUACCAGUGGAAGCGUGUAGCUGCUUUCCUCGGGGACCUUCUCAUGCACGCGCCUCGCCGUGUGACAACCCAGUCGCUGGCACACUGGAAUGUACCUACCUACGUGUAUCACUGGAACGUGAUGACACUGGGGCCAUUAGACGGAGCAGCGCAUGGCUAUGAAAUCCCGUUCACUUUCCAUAACAUUGAUAUUCUGGGUGAUGAACGGGGAAAUGACAGCGUGAUCUGGCCACAGAUAUCGACUAUGAUGUCACGGAUGUGGGUGAGCUUUAUUAAUCAUUUGGAUCCAAAUUAUAGUAAUAUGACGAAUGUCCACUGGCCUGUCUACACGGCAGAAAACCCGCAUAAUAUGGUUUUUGAUGCCAAUGUAACUGGGCUGGCUUAUGUUGAGCCGGAUACUUAUAGGGCGGAGGGAAUUGCGUAUAUCACAAGCAUUCUGCAGAGUGCCUUCAAUCGUUAG